CAAGCAUAGAUUCGUGCAUGUUCCAUCAUCUUCUCAAUUCCUUUUCCACGUUAACCUUCAAUCGAUAAGGUUCCUGCUGAAGUCCAGUGCUAGUUAAAAGUAAAUUUAUCAGUGUUAAAUAUCCGUUAAAUUCAACCGGAAGCUUAUUUUAAAGAUUACUUUUGAAACGAGUGAAUAGUUAUCAAUAUCUGUCAUUACUACAAUUGUGAAUGGCGCUAUGCAGCAUGUGGGUCAAAAGAGGACCCAGCCGUAUCUUUUCUGCUGUGCUUAAUUUGUCUUAUAAACAGAACGGUAGUAGUUCUUUCAAAUCCAAUGGCUUCAGUAGUCAGAAGAGUGGUGGAUAUGAUGGUGGCAAAUUCCAGAGAAAUGGUUAUGGUAGAAAAAAUGAUUUUGGAGGUCAAAGGAAUGGAUACGGAAAUAAUAGUUGGAAGAACAGCAACAGUGGUGGAUGGAAGGAUCAGAAUGGCUUGCAAACCAUCAACUGGGACACUAAAAAUUUGAUGCCUUUUGAGAAAAAUUUUUAUGAGCCCCAUCCGGCAGUGAAGAAAAGAUCACCCUAUGAAGUAGAACAGUAUCGUCAAUCUAAGGAAAUAACAAUUGAUGGGGAUGCCCCAAGUCCAAUCCAGAACUUUGAUGAAGCCAAUUUUCCGGAUUAUGUCAUGGAACAAAUAAAGGCACAAGGUUAUACAAAUCCUACUGCUAUACAGGCUCAAGGAUGGCCUUUAGCAUUAAGUGGUAAAAAUAUGGUGGGAAUUGCUCAAACUGGUUCUGGGAAAACAUUGGCCUAUAUUUUACCAGCUAUUGUUCAUAUUAAUAACCAACAACAACUCUCUAGAGGUGAUGGUCCAAUAGCUCUAGUUCUUGCUCCUACCAGGGAGUUGGCGCAGCAAAUUCAACAAGUUGCAAACGAGUUCGGCCAUUCCACUUAUGUACGCAACACAUGUAUAUUUGGGGGAGCUCCUAAAGGGCCCCAAGCGCGCGACUUGGAACGUGGUGUUGAAAUUGUUAUCGCUACCCCAGGAAGGCUGAUCGACUUUUUAGAGAAAGGGACCACAAAUCUGCAGAGAUGUACUUACCUUGUUUUGGAUGAAGCUGAUCGUAUGCUUGAUAUGGGCUUCGAACCUCAGAUUCGAAAAAUCCUUGGUCAGAUCAGGCCGGACAGACAAACUUUGAUGUGGUCUGCAACUUGGCCAAAGGAAGUGAAAAAACUUGCACAAGAUUUCUUAAAUGAUUACGUACAAAUCAACAUAGGCUCUCUUCAACUUUCCGCAAAUCACAACAUACUUCAGAUAGUAGACGUUUGUCAAGAGAAUGAGAAGGAAUUUAAAUUGAACAAUCUUCUUCAAGAAAUAGGAGACAGUGUAGAUAAAGAUGCAAAAGUGAUAAUAUUUGUAGAAACCAAACGAAAAGUAGAAGAUAUUACUAGAACAAUUAGGAAAUUUGGAUGGCCCGCUGUUUGUAUGCAUGGUGACAAGAGCCAACAGGAGAGAGAUUAUGUAUUGAGACAAUUCCGAAAUGGAAAAUCAUCAAUUUUAGUAGCUACAGAUGUUGCAGCAAGAGGUUUAGAUGUUGAUGGCAUCAAAUUUGUGAUCAAUUAUGAUUAUCCCAACUCGUCAGAGGAUUACAUCCAUAGAAUUGGUAGGACAGGACGUUCAGACACCACAGGAACUUCUUAUGCCUUCUUCACAUCGAAUAACUCAAAGCAGGCGAAAGAUCUUGUUUCAGUGUUAAAGGAAGCCAAUCAGAUUGUUAACCCCAAAUUGGAAGAGAUGGCUAAAAGAUUUGGAGGAUACAGUGGUGGAAAUGGAAGAUGGGGGGGUGGAUUCAGAGGAUCAUACAGAGGCAGGGAAAACCAACCCAAAAGAAUGAAAUGGUAAAAAAAGAUAAUGAAAAGGAUCUGACAGUAUUUCAAGAUGCAUUCCAAUGUGCGUCACAUAGUAAAUUAUUUAUUUAAGACCUUUUUAUUGUGAUACACCCAUUUAUGUACAUAUCUGUUUUCUUGUGAAUAUAACCUUAAACUCUGUACACUGUACAAAUUAGAAAAGUGUUUUUUUUUUACUCUGAUGUCGACAGAUUCAUCAAAACAAAUAAAGAAACCAAAGAAA